CUCCAAGUUCAGCUACCCCCACUGCGUGAACAACAUAGACUCCUGCCACCAGUACAUACAAAACUUCAAACUAUUCAUUCACGAUUAUUUUGUGGACAAAUUUUUAAAAGAUAAAAAAAAAAAAAAAGAAAAAGAAAAGCAAAAUUAUCUCCUCAUGUUUACCAACUCGUUUGCCAAUUACGACAACCUACUUAGCGACUUUGAAAAUCUGAGUAUUGAGAAUUGUAAAAAUCUUUUGAACAUGUUGAAGGUGCACUUUGUUGGGCAGCUGGUCAUCAUCGAGAGCGUGAACUUCGAUAUAACGAGUGAGCAGUACGCCUACUACCAGCUCAACGACCCCUACAUUAACGCCUUGGUCAGCCGGAUGAAGCUGAUCGCUUACCACAUCUCGCUGUACUUCAACCAGAACAUCUUUCAAAUAUGUGUGGGCUUGCUGGCUGAGAAGAUCUGCAAAUAUAUCGAGCGGAUCGUGCGCACGAAGAAAUUUAGCCUGUACGGUUGCGUCCAAUUAGACAACGACAUCAGGAACCUCAUGCUGUUCUUCACAUCCCUCACCAGCAUCAACGUGAAGAAGGAGUUUACCAAGUUGCUGGAAAUGUGCGAACUACUAAACAUAAACGAUUUGCAAGACUUUAAGGAUUUCUACGACGAAAAUAAAAACAAUUUGAGUGCCAGUGAGGUGGAGGACAUCAUUUCAAUGCGCAUUGACAUUUCGGAGGAGCUCCUGGGGGCGAUGAAGCUGUACAUGAAUUGGGGCGCGACGUAA